AUGAACUCUCUCCUGAGGCCGGCGCUGCCGGGGCCGACGCCGAUCCUGAGCGCGAGGCGCCGGGUCUCGCCGCCUCCAGCGCCGGUGCGGGUCGGCUCGGCGGCGCUGGUCGGCGGCGGGCGCAGAUGCCGGCGGGGCCUGGCAGUGGCGGCGUCGGCGGCUCCGUCGUGGAUGGAGGAGGCCGGGAUGGACGUGCUGGAGGAGGGCGGGCGUUGGAACCCGUCGGUGUCGGACUCGUACCGCCCGGCGGGGCUGCCGCGGCCCAACGCCACGGUGCUGGAGGCGCAGGCGCGGGUGUGCACGGGGCCCGCACAGACACGCCCGCUCGGGGAGGAGCAGGCCAUGCGCGUCCUCGACACUAUCCUCCGCUCCGCAAUGGGAGAACUCAAAGAGGAGCCAGUCUCUAGUGCACAGUUAGGUGCGUUCUUUGCAGGCAUGACAAUAAGAGCUAACUCGUUUCCAGAGGCCACGCAGUGGAGCGAGGGCGAGCGACGCGCCAUGAGCAUAUUUUGGCCACGCCUUGUGCAAGUCCUUCCUCCUGAGGUGAAGUUUAUAGCAGACCCUGAAGGGACGAUCAUGGGUGCAAAUGGUUUAACAGGGCCUCGGUAUGUUGGCCAAGGAACUGGAGAGAUGAGACUCGUAGGUGCUUUGAGGGAAGUGCUUGCUGGUGGCCAUUUAGGUUAUGAGGAGGUUCAAUGUGUACUAAAGGAUAUUCUACCAAUUGGAUCAAGUUCAGAUUUGACGGAGCGGUUCGAGCCUGCUAUGGUGAAUCAUGCCUCCUCCAUGGUGUUGAAUGGAUGCCACCCAAGUUGUUGUUUGAGAACCAUUUGUGUUGUUAAUGACCAAGGUUUUCAGGGUGGAAUAACAGAAGGACAAAUGCUCAAAUUCAUGGGCGCAAACAUACACUUAUCUCCAACACAAGCCAAGAUACUGUUGGAGGAUGAGACUACUGGUUUUGCAUAUUUGAAUCUUCAAGAAGCUUGUCCACCAUUAUAUUCGAUUAUUGGGCUCAGGGAGCAUAUUAAGAAACGGCCACCAUUGGCUACCUCUGAGAAAGUUCAACAAUUUGUGAGGGCACGGGGGAGAGAAGCAAUGGUUGCAGGAUUUUAUCAUGAAGGCUAUGAAGAUCCCUUGCUUAUGCUGAUGAGAAGGAGAAUUGUUCACGCUGGACUAGUUGUAAAGGGUGAGGAAGGUGCGCUUUCAAUGACAACCAAGGAAAGAUCAGCUCAUGCAUCAAAGGGACUUCCUGUUAACCACUGUUCAGGGUUUCGGACACCAAACAGGAUAAAUUCCUCUGAGACUGAUGGUAUUUCUAGAGAAAGCUUCAGGGUCAUUGUGAAUGCCCAGGAACUUGGUUUUGAAUCCACUGAAACUCCAAGAACUGAUAGAUCAAUUCUAAAGAACUUGGAGCUUGGUCUGGCAGCACUAGGCGGCGAGAAAGGAGCAGCCUAUGACCGAAUAGUUCUUAAUGCAGCUAUGGCUGACCACUUGCUAGGCUGCAGCGGAGCAGAGGAUAUCAACACUGCACUUGACCGGGCGAGGGAAGCCAUUGAUAGCGGUGAAGCUCUGAGAAGGCUCAUGAGUUACAUAAAGAUCUCGCACAGAGUGUCCUAG